AUGCAAGAAAAAGCCUGGAAGCGAAAAGGAACCUACCCAGUUCUGAAAACUGCUGAAGAAUUUUUUUCUCAUCCUGAAAUCACCCAUUGCUUUGAUAGAGUGAUAUCAAUUGGCGCCGCGCACCAUUUCGCAGAUCCUGUCGCCGUCUACAAAAGCAUCUUUCACUCUUUGCGCCCCAGAGGCAAAUUUAUCGAAGUGACCACAAUGGAUACAGGUUAUCCAUGUUUCAAAAGUGCGAAAAGAGUCGAGAAAGCAGCGGUGGAGAUUGGCAUCCAAAAGCGAAAACGUCUCCGAAAGCUCGUUGCAGAUCCAAACGUACGUGUAUCAGAGAAGGAGUUUUGCUGCCCGAUGUCUCUGACAAAAUCCAAGUUGUAUGAGAUGUACCGAUAUCGAUACAUGAGCAUGCUUCAUCAGUUGAAUGAUGAACAGAUUGCAGAAGGAAUCAGGGAGCUUGAGGAUGGGCCGUUGACGGAUGUUAAGAGUUAUGAUCACAUCAGCUUUACUCAAGUCAUCCACGUAACAAAAUUUGACCUGAACUGACUGAGUAUGAAGCAGAAACGUUGUGCCCCUUUGCAGGAGUAUUCCUUGCGUUGUGAGUUUGCCCUCAUAUUUACUUAAUAGUACCAAUAUUCAAACAUGGCUAUUUAAAAAAAAUUAUGCUUCCCAUUUUAACGAAUAUCUUAGUUCGAUACUUAUCCAACUAGCUUGAAUGUGUUAUCGUAAUAGAUCUUUUCAACAUUAUUGACCCGGUCGAACGAGUGGCUAUAUUUACAAAAUUUUGUAAUAAAAUUUUUAUUUUUCGAAAAUGGCUCCAUAGAAGACAAAGUUUUUUCCCCGUCAAACCGAUAUCCAGCCCCCCACCCUGAGUGUUGAUUUCCAACCAGCAGACAAAACUAGAAUUGCCUCGAUGAAACCAAAGGAUAGAAUUUUGUCAUGACAAAUUUUUGUCGCGUCAGUUGCAUCCGUAUUAAAUAUUUCAAGCUGUCAAAUCCUGAUCUACUCAUAAGAGCUGCCGGCAUAGUUUGCCAGCAUUCAUCUUAGAUCGUUUUAAAGUUUAAUAAUCCACAAGUUUCUCACAAAAUUGGAUCGAGUGGUUACAAGGUUGCUUCUUGCCUCGAUCGAUGAAACAAAAUUCCGCUGAAAAAAAGGGGCUAGAGUCGAUCAAGAUGCAAAUUUAAGUUGGACAGAUGACGAACUUGAAACUACUGCUCGGAGUCGUUUGUGAAUAUUCCUCCCAAAAGGAUCCCGAAGGUUUAUAAUUAGAACAGGAGAGUUUCAAAAGCAAAUACCAAGAGGAAAUAGUUCGUCACGUCAUAUGAACAGAAUGGAUUGCCACAAGAUCUUAGCCUGUUCACCUGAGAAAGGAUGGCAAACUCUAAAGAUCGCAGGCGGGAAAGUACCCAAAUUCGUUCUUCAAAUCACUUUCACUGAUAAGCUUUCCGGAUUCAAAAGCUUCCGGAGCCACAAAGUUUCAACGCUAAAUUUCGGAUUUAAAAUUUCCGGAGACACGAAUUGAGAGGGAGUUUUAAUUUCGGAUUUAUUUACUUGUGUGUAAACGGCAAAACCAAACCCGUACGGAUUCUUUACGAAUCGGACCAAUUUCUACGAGUGUAAACUUAGUGUGAAUAUAAUUGUUUGGUAUUAAAGUAUAAAAAGACCAUUCAUGUUUUGGCGGCGGGAAGUCUGGAUACUACACUAGGACCCAGACCAUCACUUCGAGACUAACAUCACUAGGCCUUAACAUCUCUGUAACAUUUGCUUACAGUCCCUGCUCAAAAAUUCUUUUCAAACUUAUAUUCCAUUUUUUUAUAUUUAUAUUGUUUUAUACAUAUAAAACAUCGACAGCUCGGCAAUUAGUUUUCAGAAAUUCAAAACUCUAUUCAAAAUUCUAUGUGAUGAAUAUUCUUGCUGACUCCAACAAGCCUGUUUGGAUGUUCUUUAGAGCUAUUCCAGCACCGUUUAUUCGGUUCGCAAGGAAGGGUUCACGAAGCACCAGUUAUCGUAGCCUGCGACCAAACUCCAGGUCUCCACGGGGCUCCCGGGGUUGGAGGUGGGAUGUAAAGGAGGAACCUCGCCUUUCGGCACCCUCAUCCCGCGAUCGCCCGAGAGACCUUGAUGGUGGGUUACAAUCAUCGCAGGAAUAGUUCACAAUCUCCUUGAAACAAAAUAUCCCUCCCUGCAUCAUUUUCUCACCGAUCCUGGUGUCGUCACGCGUCAAGACUCGCUACAUCAAUGCAAAAAUCUCCCUCGCGUUGUCAGGGGAGGUCUACAAAAUGCCGCAAGUACUUCGCCCACGUCAACGGGUGUGUCAGGUGUGGCAUUCACAAUAAAAUAAAUAAAACGUCGCUCUGUCAGAUAUCAUGACUAUGUAGUGCGCAUACGGACCCAUACGGUGAAAAUUGUGUUAUAACUUCUGUAGUCGUGAAAACGCUCUUUCUUAAGAGCAAGAAACUCGGUUAAGAGGGGCAGUUUCAGACAAAGUGACGUAAGCGACGAUCGAUAAUUGAUCAAACUGAUAAAUCGAUAAAUGACGUUUCCUAAAGCACCAGUGUGUUAUGCUAAAUUACGAUCUGUUUCCGACUACAAAGAGUUAUUUCGUGACAGUAAUUUGAUCCUGUGGGUUUAGAUUUUUCGACAUCAGGGUUGAAACGUCAAAAGCAUCCAUUCAUCUCUAAAUCACUCUGAGAAUGUGCUGAUCUUCAACGUACCACGCGUCACUGAAGAUUCAAGAGCUGCUUUAAACACCUCGAUGUGACAACUGUUCUUUAGUACAUGGUUACCGUUUUCACAAUUGACGGCGAUUUGGAUGGAAUCGAACGUGAACUGGCUUUGGAGUGUAUUCGUGCGUGCUCUGUUAAUUAUUUCUUUAUGGAACAUUUUACGAACAAGCGCUCAAGGUAAGAGAUGUAUCCUUCACUCAACUUACGUUUUUUAUUAGAUUAACAAUGUGGUUUUCUAGCCUGAACGACGAGCAUAGGAGUAAAAUUGACUUGUCUUUUACAGUCGUGACUUCGUUAUCGCUCGCUACAUCCAGACUUUAGCCGUAUGUGGUCGCGGUAUUAGCUACUGGUAUUUUCUGAAUUGGGAAAAUAUUUAAAUACCGCUUAAAAUCAACAGGAUAUCUGCUCAGAGGCGUGACAUGAAAUAUUCAGUACAAAGGAGUGAAAGCGCGAUUCGGUUUAUUUGUAGUCAACUAACAACAUUUAAUUACUCCAGAGAUCGGGAAGGAAAUAUGUCUCGUGUAAACUAAUCAGAAUGAAACUGAAACAGGAGAGGAAAUAAAAACGUAACGUUAAGAAUUCCUCUAAGUUUGCAUUGCUUGAGAACACUGAACCUAUAAACAUCACUUGCAAUUAAAAUUUAUUUGUAAGUGUUUCUAAUUUAACUUACAGGCGAGUUUUUUUCGUAAUCAAACCUCUCUUCAACGAUGAAAUAAGCAGACAUUUGAAACAUGCCGCAGAUAAAUGAUUGCGUUGAAUACAGACAAAAAAAUAUCAACUCAUCAGUAAAACAAAAAUUCGAAGAUUUUAGGGGGUACGGGGGGCUAACUAAAUGAUUUACCCACACAGAUAACUCCAGAAAUUUUGACUGAUAUCCAACUUUAAUUUACGGAACACUGACGGUCAUUUUACUCAAACAACAAAGACACUUGAAAGCCUUUAUCCCACAAAUUGCACCAUGGCUUGCAAAGAGGAAAUUUUAAUUUCCGGUGAACCUUUUUUAAUCUUUGCUAAAAAUUCUUUGGAACUUGCAAUAAUACUACGGUGCUGAUAUUGUGUAGUUGUCAUGCAGUAUACUGCAUCAUGAUUUUCUUAUCUUUUGACAUGGUUUGGUCAGCGGAAAUCGUUUGACAGAGCUGCAAAGAGGGCCAAGCAAGAUUAGCAGAACUGUCAAGUUUGAGAGUAAUAUGUUAAAAAGUAAAGAAAUUAAGACCUUGUGAAGUCGCGACAUUUUAGAGACAUCCGUAUUUAGGGGGGCAUAAACUUGCCCCCCACCGUUCAAAUGUCUGUAAAAUUUCGAAAAUUCGUCGAACCAUGGCACUGGAAAAACUUGCCAAUUUUGCUAAUCUUGUGGCACUUUUAAUUUUUAGCAGUGUCGAUGGAUUUCCGCCAGGACAGGCACUUCGUUUAUUUGUGGUCCAAGUUAAAGCGUUAAAAACGCAUUAUGAGUUAGGGGUUUGGCGCUAAACAAACAAAAGAGACUCAAUUUUAGGUGAUUAUGUUGGACGCUACUCUCAUUUGAGAAGCAUGUUACUGACAGGAAAUUGAGCUAUGAUAGAAUAAUGAGUUUUUUAAUUGUAAAUAUCUGUUUCACAAGCUUUUGGCUCGGCGACCCUUGGCUUUUUUUCAACGGCUAACCAGGUGAGGCUAAGGAAAGUCUGAUAACGAUAAGAAGGGAUAUAAAAUAAAUCAUGUCACAAAUUCACAACGUUUCAAUGUCGUGAAGAUAUCAUUAUCGAGGGAAAAUUGAAAAAAAGUCAGGAAGUUAAUAUAUGCAUGCAUCAAGUAGAGUGUCGAAUAACCUUCCACUCGAAAUAAAUAUGUCUCAUUAUGAUGAAACUUUAUUUAAAACACGGUAAAAAUAUCAGUAUGACAAUAGAAAACAAAGGAGAAAUUUAUCUUAAGUAAAAUUUUCUAUUAACUGGUUUACAUAUUUGCCGUGUGGGAGUCCGAUACAGAGAGCCAUUUAUCAAUUCUUCUCUUGAAGAUUAGACACUUUGGUGUGUGGUAUCGCUUAGUGUUUUUGUGAGUUGUGCCAUAUUUCGACGAGCCCGCAGGGCGAGUCAAAAUACAGUCAUGCUACACACCAAAGCGUCUAAUAAGAUGUAUUUACUUGAAAAUGAUAUCAUAACACUGUCAAAAUGUUUUGCCUUUCUAGGAAGUUUUAAUCUUAAACCGUUUACCGAAUAUACCCUGAUAAGAAUGGAUUUGUUCCAAAAACACGAUAAUUCACAUCAGAGCUUUGUCUGAAACGUGACGCAUUUUCCUCGCAAAGGGACUGUAAAUGGCGAAAAGUAGGAAAUAAAAUAACUAAAAAAAUAUAUAUAUAUAUAUUUAGCUUAAAGGAGAUUGUACUCGUGCCCACUGAACAAAGUCACGAAACCGCUUGUUUGGAUCGACGCCAAUGAUAUCAGGUUUGAAUGACGCUUUAACAUAAGCGAAGUAGCAUUGCUGAACGAACAGGUCACAAAAACUAGCUAGAUAUUUGUUUAAUCUUUGUCAAUGCUGGUGCAAAUGUCGAAAUACAGAUACGAUGCUGAAAAAUGAAAAUAUUAAUAAGUGCAUAAUAAGCCGAAAACAAUGAAGAGAAACGUGAACAAAACUAAAUACUGCUUACAUUCGUGUUAGCUUGAGUUUUCUCAAUGUCCAGAUGUAAUCUGAACAAGAUCUAAACUUUUAAGAGAUCAGCCUUCAUGUGAUCGUAAUUUUGCUCUUGAAAGACUGUAAUUUGCCCUGCAAGAAUAAUGCUUUAAAGGCGAAUUUUGAUGGAGUGUUGAGAAGCCCCACAUCAAAGUAACCAGAGUGGUCGAUUAUAACAAAAAGAAAACAUUUCAGGGAGCCAAUGAGGAUCAAAGUAGAAAAGAAAACUUACUAAAGGGUAGGAAUGCGCGAGAACGAAGCGCUUGAUUUUUACUCGUUAGAAGUCUGAUUAUUCGAGAGGUUAUGAGAUUUUCAAAACAAUCACAAAGAGAAGAAAGGUAAAGCCAAUAAAAUCGUUGAUUUUUUUUGUAGAGAAAUUUUCAGUUGAGUAUCAAAAGUGAUCUUGGAUUGCUUUCGUUUUGCUUACUACGCUCUGUGGUUGGCCUGAAAAAAUUCGCAGUACCAUCUCAAACAAUCAAAUGUGACACGAAAACCAACUUGCGUUUUCCCGCGCAUCAGUCAGGUUGCCCGUGUCAGAACCUGUGUUGUGAUUGGUAGUUGUGAUACUUCGGUUUUGGUUUUUACGACGCUCAUUUGAAAACUUGCUCUGGAUGAGAUGAUUAACCAAAACAGACAAAAUUCAAAUACUUGUUAUUAAAAUUGAUAUUUUUUAUUGGCUCUUUUGUGGUUAACAACUUGUUGUUUUGUUUAUUUCUUACCGGGAUUGCUAGGUGGAUCACUGCGGCACAUAGGAAAGAUAAACUUCUAUCGUACGGUUCCUGAAGGCUCUUCCGUCGAUCUCAGCUGUGAGCUCAAUAACUCCACAGUGGAUGUGAGACUGUGGCUGUUACGAUCUGGGGGAAAGUUUACACCGAGAAGAGGCGUGGUUAAAUAUGGGCAGUUAUUUACUCUUCAUGGAGUAAGCAACAAAAAGCAGGGCUCCUAUCUAUGCCAGGCGAGAAGUCGCGGAUUUUCCAAAUAUAUUGGAAGAAUUAUUGUGACACCAAGACUGCAAAGUAAUGUGAAAAGCUUGUAGAAUUUAUUGUUAACAUUCUGUCGUUACGUUUCAUGUAUUCUACAUCACCAAGCUAUCAAAUUCAGGCAAUUAACUUCUGUUGUUGCAAAUUGUGUUAUUAUAGUUAUCAUUACUGUUGUCACUUUUGGCUUUGUUAUUUUUUAAUUGUUAUAACUGAGUGGAUAUCCGAUGUUGAUCGCUCGAGGAAAUUAACAGGACACAACAACUCUCGGACUCAAUCAUAACUCAAGUAAUCAUAACCAUUACAAUUUCCUCGAAUAUGGUUGGUGCAGUAGCUGCUUUAUUUUUCACAAAUUAAGUUCACUCAGCCUAAUCCACCAAUCACAGAAUUGAUCAUAAUAACCAUAGCAACAACCACUAAUCAUAAAAAAAGACAGGGUAAUUUCAAAUGGGAGGUAUUAUUUACUUUAACACAUUGUUUCUACCAGAGAUGUUUGUCCUAAAUGUAUUCUUGUUUUUGGAAAUUGUAACAGUUAUGAUUAAUUGGUGAUAGGACUCUGUGUCGUCCAACUCUGUCUGUAAUUAUACUCGCGAUUUUGUUAAUCUCUCGUAUGAUUACGGACCAAAUUGGACUCCACUUGGUCCUAUUAACAUUAUUCAUUAAGCUAAGUUGGAUAGGUAAUGGCCUAAUAACGGUUUGUGCGCAACUUAUUGCGUCAAAACAGAUUUUGUCAUUGAAAGCUAGACUACGAGCAGUCCUUCCUUUUCGGGAAGUCUGUCGCGCGCUUCUUUCAUGCGCUUAACUCCCAGAGUUCCACCCGGCGCACGAACUUUAUUUCCUUUUCCUGUUUUCUUUUUGUUCGCGCACAGUUCUCCGCCGAAAAGAAGGGACUGCUUGAAGUCUAAUGAAAGCAAGAAGCUUCAUUAACAUCAACAAGAUAGAUCGAUCUUCGAGUAAAACUUACCUCAAGUCUAGUAAGUUUUGAUCUCCAAUGUCGGGUUACAAUGACGUGGUUGCGAAAUUUGUAUUUUGCAGACCCUCCAAAACCAAACGUGACAGCAAGAUAUCAAGGAGUCGUUGUCCAUAGAGAUAAAAAUCUAACAUGUACUGCAAAAGGCAAGAGCAUAUCUUCGGUUCAGUGGUACAAGAGUGCACGACCUCUGUCCAUGCAACAACAAGAAGUCAGGAGACAGUAUGACAUCGAAGAAGGAGAAAUAUGGUCCAACACUUUAUUGUUAAAGAAUGUCACAAAGAAACAGGUUGGCUGGUAUGAGUGCCGUGCGUUUUUAACUUCUCAGAAGUUCGGGUUUUGGUCAGCUCAUGUCAACUUGAGUGUUUUGGGUAGGAGAUACCAUUAUUUCCUUCAAUUUUACCUCAAGUCAAACGUGCAUUAAUCUUGCUUGAUUUAACUUAUUAUUUCCUGGGAUGACCGAGAUACUUAUGAGUGCUGUUACCGAACUCAAACAAUGACACCUUUAAGAUAGGUUCGGCAUCUGGAGGGAAAAUGCAACUAAUUCUGGCGCGUUUUUACCUCGACUUACCAACCGGAAGGUUUUUACUUUGGUAUUUUAUUUUGAAAUAAAAGCAUCAGACACACAAAAAAAUGGGUAUUUGGGAGAUCACGACGAUCAUUUCCAGUAGCUUUUGGCUACAAGUGAAAAAAUGCCACGACUUCGAUAUGGAAUAGUUCAUGGAGUUUCAGAAACGACGAUUGUAGCAUAUCAGAGCUUAUAUUGGUGUUUCAUUUCCCUUAAAUGAGAGUUAAGAACAUGAGUUGACUCGAAUGUCUGAGAUGUUUUUAAAACAUGUUCCGUUUAAUCAUCUUCAGAAUGCCCGGAACCUGAUGGAAAGUUUGCUGAUCCGCAGAGCAUUACGGGAUAUCUUGUGUGCACGGGUGGGAAGAGCACUAGAAUGAGCUGCUCAAAGGGACUGGUGUGGAGGGACGUCAAGAAAAUGUGCGGCACUCCAGGUAAGGUGUUCGGAGAAGUAUGAUGUGCAUAGGACUGUGGAUUUGCUAGUACUGUGAUAUGAAACCUCUGGUCAAAGCAGCGUUCCUGAGGGCGCAAAGGAAACAAAAAUACCAACCUGUACUUAUGACUUGAGAUCGUAGAUUAAACGAUUAAAUCUUAGCUGUGUCUACCGUUGUAGAAAAUUAAGUUAUUCUGGCCGGGAAGCGGUCUGAGCAAUUUAGACAUAGGGAAGAAACAGAUAUCAACUCUCUCAGUUGGCUGGUAAAUCUGAAGAGAAAGCCGAAGACCGAGCUAUAGUCUAUAGUCUUGACCAACAGAAGCUCCUAUCCGAUGGUUUGUUAGGCUCAUAAGCUUUCAUUGACCCUUUAUUCUUUCAGCGAAGGUUCUUAAGUGGGAAUCUUGGCCUCAUUCACUGCAGCAGAAAGACCGUACUGUUGGGGAAUCCGUAAAAAUAAGCUGUCAAAUGAACGAUCCUACAAUAAGAGUCAAGUUAAAACAAAAGCUUCCCUUUGGUAUGAUAAAGGAGCGAAUGGCGGAUGGCUGUAGAGUCAUUCGAGAUGGUCAGAAGUUUGUUAUCCAUGCUGUGGAUUUUCAUGAUGCUGGUAUCUACCUCUGUGAAGCACCAUCUGCCUCUAUAAGUCGAAAGCAAGAAGUUUUCUUGAUGAUCAAACCAGGUAAAGCGUAAUAUACUUUUUGAAUGAAUGAGCUUUAUUCAUCACUACUGGAGUCAAACUGGAGAGUUACGUUUUGAGCUUUUUGCCACUCAUCGUAGCCCCGGGAGGGGCGGGGGGGGGGGUGGACCUUCCCAGUGAUAGGCUUAUGAGGAUGUGCCGCUGGAUAGGAUCACAUUGCCAUGAUUGGAUUGACUAUAAUGGGGUUACAUCUUCAAUAGAUUUAUUAGAAUAGGGUCGCACAUUUUCGGGAUUUUCGGCAAAGAAAAGUUUGGUAGUUGUGGUUUAAAAAUGGAAAAUUCGUGGUGAAAAAGUUGUUACCAUAUCUUGUCUAUGUGGGUAUGUGCCAUGCUGGGUAUAUGUCAGCGGAACAUACCCAGCGAAAAUUAACCCAAGUAGCCCCCCACCCCUUCUCCGGGAGUAUUUUGUCAAACAUCUAACAUGGAUCUAGUGGAGACCACAAGCAGUCUAAGUUUAAUAAGUUUAAAUAUUGUCAGAAUUUAACAUAUCCUUUGUUAUACCACGACAGACAAAUAAUACCAGAUUACUAAAUUACUCUACAGUGGUUCUCAAUGUCAAAAUCAAGAUUGAUCAUACUAACUCUAAAAAACUUAACUAGCUGAUAGUGUAAUUUAGUAUUAUCAACUGAGAUCAUAACGUAAAUUGACCACCAUAAAGAGUUUCAAAGCUGACGUUUCCAGUUUUAGCCCUUCAACAGAGCAAAUGAAUAAUUCAUUCUCUCUGACGAAGGGCUACUCUCCAACGGACGCAGCACUACAGUUUCUUUAGAAACUUACCCCCUUUAACUCGUUGAUAACUGAGAACUCAAACUUUCAACUCUCUUAGUUUAGAGCUCAUGUCUAAAGGAAAUAAUCCUGAAUUUCUUUCGUCCAGCUCCGUCAUCUGCCAUUUUCACGGGGCACAGAAAUUUAUUUGCUUCCAAUGGGAGCUCUGUAGAUUUGAAUUGUGGCGCCGAACACAUCUUUCAGCCAAUGAUAUUCUUGGAGAUCAUUCGCACAGACGGUAUAACACAACUGAUCCCGGACGGGCAAGGGAUUGUCCUGACGGCUCGAACUGUGACCAUACACGGAAUAGAACGGACCAUGAGAGGGAAGGUUGUCUGCAGGGUUAUUUCAUCCUGUAAUCAAGCACGAGAAGAUGUAGACUUGGGGUUUCUUCUUCCAAUUCCCGUGAGAGGUAUUUUCCAACUGUUACUGUAUAAGGUGCUAUUCAUUGGUCAUCGCGUAGGAGAUGGGAAAAUUCUGGGGGGAGAUCACAAGGUUUUCAGGGGGCAGGGAGAGGGCAUCAGUUGUCGCCGACUGAGUAUAAAGGGGGACUAUAAAAAAUCGACAGCUAAAUUACUGUCAAUGAGGGGGGCGAUCAUGUAAAUCGUCUCGUGACGCAUUCAAAAUCCUUUGACCUCACCGCCCCAAUAACAAGUCUUAAGAUCAACGUGGAUAUUAUCACAUUAUUCGGCAAUUUGGUGAUCUAAAGACUUUGGUCUUGAUUAAACGAUCUAGAGAAAAUCAUAAGACUUUUUUACGAUUUAGUCAAUAUUUAAAGGAUACUUUGCCUUUCUUUAUCCUUCCUAGUGUGUUUUUGCCACGAAAUCGCCGGAAGCAAUUUGGAAACCCACGGGAGGAAAAUUCAUUAGUCAUAGGAAUUCUUUUUUCAGUUUAAAGUGAACGAAGUUCGACUAAUUUUUUCAGGGUAUGGAUCCAAAGGAAGGGCACCCAGAAUUAACUUGGCUGAUAAAAUUUUUCUUUCGAACCUGGAUCACAUUUUUCAAAGGUCCCGGUAACUUGACGGGACCUUCAAAUUUUUAAGAAUAGAGAAGCAGGUUUUGGCACCCUAACCAGUCCAUUAUGGUACUUUAGCUGAUAUUUUUAUUGCAUAAUUUUCAAAACUUUUGAAACCCCCAUCUUGAAUGAAAAUAGAACAGCUUUAGGGGCACGUUUAGGUACCGGGACCUUCGAGAAACGGGCCACUGGCCUUAAAGCUUAUGCGGUUUAGUGUCCUGUUGGAAGCACCCUUUUUCUGUAUUUUUUUUCUCGUCAGGAAAACCGCCUGUCCCAAAGUUAUCGCAGCAAAAUUCCGAGGUAGAAAAAGGCAACAACCUCACCAUUACAUGCUCGGUCUCUGGGGAAGAAUCACGUGACAUAGCGUGGUUCAAGAACAAAGUCCCUGUAGCAGAGGAGAACGUCUUGACAUUGGGUUUUCGUAGCCAGCUUAAGCUUUAUAAUGUCAGCAGUUCUGACGCUGGGGUUUAUGAAUGUAGGAUCAUGGAUUUUGGCGUUGGAUAUUUUGUAAAAACAGUGACAGUCAAGGUCAAAGGUCAGUAAGGAAAUGAAAAGUUUUGCCGCUAAAAUUGUUUCCAUGUAGCUUAGUUCAGUCUCUGCCUUCAAGUGAGCUGUGCUUGUAUCCUUUAAAUCUUCAGACAAAUUCUAUCCCUCCAAAAGAGUAUUCUUGUUAGUGAUAGUCCUUUAAAAGACAGGUAGAGUAAUGCAAUAUUUCAAGCAAGGGGUAGGAAGUGUGUUUAUGACAGGCAGCCGGGGACCGAGGACAUAAUUCCCAUAAGAGAAUCUAUUCAACAUUUAGACCUGUCUUCCGUUUAACAUGACAUGAAUUGUGGAAUGAAUUUUCAUGGGUCGUUCAGCACAGGGAACUCUUUCGAGGAAAAUUGGCCAAUCCAUUUAGAGGCGCAAACAUUGUAAUUUAUUGAUUUAUCAUAUUUUUCAUCAAGAUUCGGCAAAGGCAGUGCCGACAGCAUCGACAACAACCAUUUAUCCGUCGGCUUCACUUGAAGUUUCGUUGAUCACAAUAGUCCCAAAUCAGUUGGUAGAUAUUAACUGCUCCAUGUUUCAAGCCGACAUUGAGUUGAAAUUAUGGCACGAAACAACUCCAGGAUUUCUUAACCAAAGGAUACCUGACGGUGUCUCCGUGAUCCGCCAAAAUAACACGUUUAAGAUCAUGCAAGGACAGCAGAGCGAUGAAGGAAAAUAUUAUUGCCAGAAUGCCGACCAGAAAAUUCAAGUUGCCAUUUUAACUUUUUCAGGUAACAUACAAAUUUAUGUUCUUGGCAUGUUUUAGUUGUAGAGACUCGUCACGCAAGCAUGUGACGUGCGAAUUAUGACGCAAGUUUGUGACGACAGUUGCGGAAGAGAUUUUUUCUUAUCAAAGUCCUGGAAGAAGCAGAACUUAAGAUAUAGCCUUCGCAAAAUGACACUUAAAGUGCAUACAGUAAUUUACCAAUAAAUAUUAAUUUUGCAAAUGUAAGCUAAAAUAAUGCUAACCGUUACCACUGCUUUGUUCACAGCCAACAAUAAAACAAAUCUUUUUGUUGGUAAGAAGCAAGGGUGUCUGGUUAAUGUACUUAAUAGUACGUAAUGUACUUUUAGACAAUUUUGGUCGAUGAUAAGAGGACGUUGUAAAACAAAUAGGUCUAAACUUCGUUUUAAUAAAUUUCUAAACAAUUUUUCUUCCCAUUACAAGUUGCCACAGCAACAGAGUUAUUUCCAUCACUGCGUAUGAUGCUAAUAGCCCGAAACAGCCUGAGGUUGUUGAUCCCCAUUUUUAGCUUGUCCUAAAUCGGGAAAAAAAUCGUUGCAAGUAAGGGAUAGACGGCGUCCAAAGCCACCUUAAAGUUGCGCAGAUUCUGUUUUGUUUUGUUUUGUUUUUUUUUUUAAUUUGGGUGAGAAAUAGCGUUAAGCGUUCUGCCUUAUCAUUCUUCCAUGGUUUCAUGAAUGGCUUCUCUUUGAAAACUUGUCAGAUGAAAAACCUCCAAAGAUAAUCAACUUCACGACACGGGCGUCUGUAAACGCUUCCCAAAAUGUGAGGCUGUUUUGUGAAACGGAAGGUAAACCUCCCCUUGCGUUCAAGUGGUUCAGGAAUGGGCGGCUAAUCGGAAGCUGUAAGGGAGAUCUGGAACGAAAGAGGACAUGCUUCCUUCACCGUCAACAAGGAAAAUACAAUGUUUCAUGGAGGGGAUCUGGUACAGAGCUGGUCAUCAAGAAAGCGUUUCAUCCUUUUGACACUGGAGUCUUCACUUGUGUCGCCAUGAACUCAGCUGGAACGGAUAACAAAACUGUCACGUUAGAUAUCCAUGGUAGGUCAUUGAUAAAAGCAAUGUGACCUGGAGACUGUUUUAUAGUCGCGCCUUGUACUUGAUAUCUCAAGGAAAUUUGAAAAAAAACCGAAUUGGUGGGGAUUUGAAUCCUGAGGGAUCAUGAUUUGUUUCACUUGCUAAUUUACAAUUUCAGACAAAAGCCAUUUCUAGUUCAUUGAUGCUAACAUAUUGCAGCAUGUUCGUCGCAUUUGAAGUAUACAUAAAGUAGUUUUAUGGUAAACUUUCGAAAUAAUUUCUUGACGGCCCGUUUAUUUUAUGUAUAUCUACAACUUAAGAUGGCGAUAUCAUUUAAUGGUAGCUUUUACUCAUUUGUGUUAGGACCCCAUUAAAUAAAAACUUAUCGCAUUUUAGACAGGCAGUUAAAACUCAGAAGUAGAGUGUGUCUUUAGCCUAAACAAGCUGAUUCAUGUAACAUCGACAGAAAAGCCUGUUCUUAACAAGAAAAACUACACAGACCUCUUUGUGUUGUCUUUUGGGGACGCGACUACGAUCCAGACCACAGCGCUGCGCGGUCAUCCAGUACCUCACUUCAAGUGGUAUCAACAACCAAUCAGAAUCUGUAAUUCAGGAUGCAAACCAGACGCCAAAAAAUGGCGACGAGUUCCACGUCAUGUGAUCGAUCCAUCAGAAAAAGUUCCUUCAAGAAUAAGCAGUUUGUUUCUUCCACCUGCGAAGUCUGGAUAUUUCUUCAGAUGUAUCGCCGAGAAUUUCCUCGGGCAUGAUGACGCUGUUUUUUCCGUGCUCAGAGUUGGUAAGUUUACUAAAAUUGAUACAAAUUUUACCGCACUUGAAUUUUUGACAAGCAGCUUUUUUUUUGUCCUGCGUUUUAUACGUAAGACUUUCCCGAAAGUGGGUCAGCGAAAACCAUUCACCAUUCGAGAUCACUGCUCGCGACAUUUGCAAAAAAACUGUUCCAAUUUUUAAAAAGUAAACACAGGUUCGGGAACAAACAGAGUGUGCAUUUUACUACGUUCAAACUCCAUUAAAUUUUUCCUUCUCAUGAUUUCCCUUUCAGACAAGGAAGCUGUUUUACCAAAAAUCGUCCCUUCAUCUUUCCCUCUACAAGUGGAUGAGUUGAGCUCUUUUACGAUCUCAUGUAAAGCUGACUUGGGAGAUUUUGAGUACCUCGAAUGGAAAAAAAGAAAUUCAACUCAGAUGUUAUCCAACACAUUGAAAAGGAACAAACAUAACAUAUCAACGACAUUAUCUAUCAGCCAUGCGCAGUUGGGGGAUGCUGGGGAUUAUUUAUGUUACGGAUGGACUGCAAACGAGACAAAGAUUUCAGUCAUAGCAGUUUCUGUUGCAGGUAGGGGAAAUUAUUCAUCGCGGGGAGGGGGAGGAAGGAUUUUUGGGGAGAUUCCAUGGUUUUCAGAGAGAACGGAGGAGGGAUCGGUCGUCGUGAACUUAGAAUAAUUAACUGCCAUUGAGGAGAGCAUCAGAUAUUACAGAGUCUUAUGGGGGAAUUGGAUAAAUUUAAUCGUGAUACAACCAAAUCCUCUAAACCCCCCCCCCGUUCCUGGGUGGGGUAACCCGUUCGCUAAAGCGGCCUUAGCGAUGUGAACGCCGGGAGGGAGUAACUCUUUCAGGCUGGUAAUUUGUUUUAAGCGUGUGGAAAAAUCAAUAAAUGACAGGACACGUUUUCUCCAUUCGAGUUUUAUCACCUAUUGAGCAUUACGUUAAUAGGGGCUGAAAUCACCAUUGGGAGUCUCAGUGGGAUGUUCAGGGAAGUUGGAAUUCUUACGAAUUUGCAUAAAAGGUGUAAAAAGGGUUUUGGAUCAAGGACCGGGUUUGGAAAACUGUCCGGUCGCAGUCAUGUCAUAAUUGGCCCUGGUUGGCUUCAUCUUUACCUAUAAAUCUAAUCGUUAUUCUCUUUCUAUUCCAGAAUUAGUUCGUCCCGUUGUGUCGCUCUUAAAUCAAACUAUCCAAGAAGCAAACGUUAACAGCACAACAUUAAAAUGCAACAUUGCAUCAGGAUAUCCUGCACCAAAUGUCACUUGGUACAAAGAUGGCGCACAGUUGCGCCUGCUCUCCCUCGGGUCAGUGGAUGACUGUAGAAUAAAUGGAUUUCAUUAUAUCGAGAGUGACCGCCCGCCCUUCACGAGAGAGUUGCUGAUAUGCAAACCAAAUCACGUCGAAAACACUGGAAUUUAUAGGUGUGAGGCCGAGAAUAUCAAAGGAAAAGAUACGAGUGAAGCAGUUUUGAAUGUAUUAGGUUUGUAUAAGGAAUGUGUGACAAAUUUCCAGUCCGUUGUUAAGUCCAUCUUUCUUUGAAAGAUUUGUGAGGCUUCAAAUCUUACUUGGUUAAACAUCUCAGCAUGGAGACCAUUCAUAAUAUUUUAUAAAGGAUGUUUUACCCUAAAAGGGAAACUUUUUCAGAUUUGUUGUUGUAGAAGGUUUGAAAUUUCAAGAGUUUUGUCAUUGGCAUGAGAGGAUAAACUAAGAUGUAACAUCUGAGUCAUUGGGUAAUUAUAGCCGUUUCUCACGAGGAAAUACAAACCCUUUUUUUAUCUCUGAAGUCCCUUUCAUGCAUAUACCAAACUGCUUCCAAAUCAUCUUACACCGCACAAUUGUCUUUCUUUUUCAGUUUUUUUUUUCUUUUCUCUUUCCUCCUCAAUAUUAUUCUUCUUUUUCCGUUUAGCGCAGCCAAAAAUUUCCAACAUGGUGGAUGACGACCUGACCAUGGAGUUGGGCGAAAAAGUAAAUGUCAGUUGUGAGGUAACAGGUAACCCCCCUCCCUCAGUUAAAUGGGUCAAGAGAACGUCAGAGGGUGACUAUGUACCUGUCGUGAAUAGGGGCAAAGAGAACCGCACCCUUCUGAUAAAAUCCUUGCGACAGCAGCACUAUGGGGACUACAUAUGCGUAGCUGAAAACAAGUUUGGACAUGAUUCGGUGGUUUUAUCUGUUGGUAAGUGUGCUAUGGUACGAGACUUUCUCUGCUGUUUACGGUAGUUACCUUUUUCUUUUCCGUCGCUACCCAAAACUUGCAUUCUAGCUCAGAGGAAGACGAUUUCCGUCAAUAAAAGCAAGUUGUAAUAAAAUCACCCAGUCUAUGUAUUGAGCAAAAAUAUUUUAACUCUGCAUGAUUUGACGGAAGGCUAUAUCAGUUAAAUUUUUCCAAUCUGUAAACGGCACCACGUGGUUCCCUUUAACGCCUAUGUGCUUUUGAAAUUAUUCGAGGGAACUUUGACGGAACGACACGUUUGUAGUGAUCUUCAUCAAAGCAAUAACACCCUCCCUGACUGCCCCUCCCCAUCCCUCCACCCUACCUCAUUUCUCCCCCCUUCCCUCACGCCUCAACCUAGUAACCUUUCUAACAUACUUUCAUGCCUCAAUCUUGAUAACCACAGUUCAACCAGAACAAGUUGGCGCCAUUUCGAGCCUGGGACCUCACUCGAAGAUCCCCUUCAUAGCAGCCAUUGUCGUUGGCGCAACUCUGUUUUUGUUACUCUUGGUCAUCGCUGCCAUUCUGGUUCGCCGGCGUCAGAUUUAUGGAGGUUUCUACAUCUGCACAUCUCCUCCCCUGCCAGACAUGAUACCGAGGCUGGAUUCCUCCAUUCCUCUUAUUGAACAAGUACAUAAGCUGCCACUGGACAAACGCUGGGAGUUCCCAAGAGAGCAUCUACGCUUCUGUACGAUUUAAAUAGAUAAAUAGUUUCUUAGGUUUAACCAAUUGUCGCCUUCCUUUUAGUUACGCAACAGAUCAAUAACAAGGAAAACUAUACUCCCUCGAUCUAUUUUUCAGCAUUUUGGACAUGAAAGUACACGAAUAAGCAUGUUUUCACUUGUUAUGACUAUGAUAAAUAUUUCGUAAUGCAUAGUGCAAGAUCUCUCCAAGGAUUAUAAGAAAAGUAAGCGAUGUAAAUUGUUAAUUCUACACUCGCGUUUGCAGGAAAUGUCACGAUAAUUCCCUCUACUUCCAAAAUGUACAUCUAGUCUAUCCAACUCCACUUCCCCUCCCCCUACAAUGAACGUGCCCAUGCUGUGGAGCCUGGUGUAAGCUUCUUAACGGCCAUUUCUUAUGGCGAACUUACCGUUCAAAUACUCUCACGGAUUGCAGGCAAAGUGCUCGGCUCUGGUGCUUUUGGCGAAGUGUACUUGGCCGAAGCAGAAGGGAACAUCAUAAGUGAUAGCGCAUCAGCGGUAAACUCGCACAAAAGACAUCGAUUGUCGACUUUAAAGGACUCACGAAGGGGUUCCUCUAUAUCUCAUGGGCCUGUCAAGGUGGCAGUCAAAACAUUGAAAGGUGAGUAAAAAAUCGUUUCGCCUAACAGACGUGAACUUCGCACGCAAUCCAACUUGCCCACAUUGUGGUAGCCUGCAGAACAGGCGUAAAUUUUUGCAUUCUACGGGCGAACUAAGACAAGCGCUAGGCGAGCAUGAAGCGGGAGGCAAGCGCGAGGGAAGGAGCGCAAGGACACGUGCUCCUUCCCUCGCGCGUGACUCGCACUUCGCGCCACCUUACACCGUUCGAUUAAAGAACGCCAAAAAAAUUACGCCUGUUCUGCUGAAGAAAAUUUUGGGAAACAGAGCAACUUUUCUGCACAUAAAGCGACCAGAUAAAAUGCUGAACCCCACUUAAAGGAAUGCUUAUCUUUCCCAAGUCAGCCCAAUGAUUUUUGUUAAACAACCUCGUUCCCAGGGUCCUUUUCCUUCCCUCCUCGAGAAAGCAAGAGAUAGUUCCCUAAGAACGAGGUUGUUUGUCAUGUUUCUUUGACAGUUCAUUGAUACUUACACACACUACAGAUUGGAGAAAGGCAAAGAGGAAAUCAAACCCAAGACCUUAGGAUUUCACUGUGUUUACCUUUAGGCAACUAUGUCGCCCACACUCAUAAUUUCUAUCUUAAACUUUGCCGGACAUUGCAGUUCGCAUGAAUGACCUCUAAUUCAACUAUAAUUAAACACGUGAUUUCAUUAUUUUAACUCCAAAUCAACGACUUUCCUCUUAAACAGAGGGGGCAGAGGAAUCAGAGCACAAAGACCUGAUCUCCGAGCUAAAGAUAUUGAUUCACAUCGGAUCUCACAAGAAUAUUGUCAACUUAUUGGCAGCUUGCACAAAGGGUAAUAAAAGCUAGAUGUUUAGGGGUCCAGUUAUAUGUAAACCACGAGCAGUACCUGUUUUGCAGUGUCUAUCUUUUGGCGUAGAAUCAAUGACUGAUUUUCCUUGAAUCGCGCGACAAACCUAAGACAACUUUAUAAAAAGGAUCACGUCACUGAUAUUCUGGCUUGAUCUUUUUCCGUUAUCUUUGGUUAAAUAUCAACUUAUUGUUGUUUAACGCUCACGUAAACUAUUUCUCAAUGUAAUGUUUAAAGGAGAAUUUUUUUCCUAAUAUUAGACCACUUAGUUUCAAUACUACACUUCGCAGCCCGGUUAGUUGAACACCAGUUUCAUAGAAAGCAUAAAUAUAAAUCUCGUUUACAACCAGGAGGAAUGAUGCUGUUGUUCCUCUAGUUUCUUUGUUUAUUUUUGUUAUUGAUUAUUUUUUUUGCCGUUAUUUUUGUUACUUCUGCCAAAGAUGCACAAACUACAACUUUAAAACGUUAGUGGAAGGAAAGAUAGUUUUGUCUCAUCCAUUCCAUAUUGUGUUUCGACUCCAGUUCCUUAUAAUAUAAUUUAUUUUACCAAAUUACAUAUCCAGGUCGUUACAGUGAUUUUUGUGUGAUCAUCGAGUACUGUCCAUAUGGGAACAUGUUAAUAUUUCUGAGAAACAGUCGAGGGAUUUAUGACCCAACAUGGUUGCCACCCACCGAAGAUCCUGACAAACAGAUCAGCUUGACAGAACUAGUGAGUGCAGCUUUUCAAGUCGCUAGAGCCAUGGAAUUUCUUGUGUCUAGAAAGGUAGGUGAUCCUUUAAAAUAAUUUCCCCCUUUUUUCUUUUCCUCAUCGUAUGAUUUACGAAUCGUGGUUGAUAAACCAAAUUAGAGUAUAAUUGGAAGGGUGACAUAAUUAGGAACUAGUUGAAUUGAACAGUGAGAUAAAAAGGUUGUGAGUCGGUCACAAGGACCGAUCGUUAUUUACACGUGGUUUUCACAUGGGGGGGGGACGGAGGGGAGAUCAGCCGUCGCCUAUUUACAAUUGACUUCCAAGAAGGGGAAGGAGGCGGGGGGGUCAUUAGAAUACUGCAGAACCUUGGAGGGGGAUCAGAUAAAUAUCAUUAUGGUACAAUCAAAAUCGUCCGACCUCCCCUUCCUCAGGCAAUCGAUGUUGACCAGUCUCUAACUGUUAUUUUCUUUCCAGUGUGUCCACAGAGAUUUAGCAGCCAGGAAUGUUCUCAUUGGGGAAAAUUAUGUGGUGAAAGUUGCAGACUUUGGGCUAGCCCGAGAUGUGUAUAAAGAUGACAAGUACAUCAAAGUCUCGCCGGUGAGCCAGCUCAAAUUUAUUCUGUUACGCCUAAAUUCAAAUCCAUUUGAGAGGAAACUCCUUCUUUCAGACGCUGAGUAUUUAUUAGUUGACAUAAAGAGGGAUGACUUUUCGUCUCUCCGCGAUCGUGGGAAAGAGAAAAAAAGUUGAUUCCCAAUCAGGAACCGCAACCUCGUUCCCAGGGCCCUCUCUCUUCCUUCCCCGCUGAGGACCCUGGGAAUUAGGUCGGGGGAAUGGAACCCCAGAAGUGAGUAGGCUUUUGAAAGAGACAGACAAACACAAAAGGAACAACAGUGUACUCGUGUUUUAAACUUUCACUGGUGAUUUAUUUUUCCACCAAUCAGUCUUUUCCUCAUACAGAUUUGAUGUUUCUUUCUAGGGCCUUGUUCCGGUGAAAUGGAUGGCAAUUGAAUCGCUAGUUGAUAGAGUUUACUCCGAGCAGAGUGACGUGUAAGACGGUUUUGAAAUGUAUAAUUUUAAUCUAAUGUAUGAAAUAUAAGUAUAUUUUAUAUAUAUAUGUGCAGGUGAAAAAAAGCAAAAAAAUUAUUCCAAAAUCCAGAGGCAUGAGUACGAUAUCUAACCCUAGGGAGCCCAUGAGUGUUUUAUUACAUGGAAGGGGUCAAUUGUCCUCUGCUACCCCUCCCCCCUUACUAAACCAUUGCAAUCGCCUUUGAAGUAAAACUUACUCGCGUUGGUUUGCAAUUUGAAAAGGUUAAGUAGUUCACACAGUAAUUCACAUUCCUUUUGAUUUUAUUUUGUAGAUGGUCCUUUGGAAUUUUUCUCUGGGAGCUGUUUACUCUUGGUAAGACUUGACGAUUUUAAAGGAAUUCGGAUUCAUAAGUGCGCCAUCAAAAUUAUAACCUCCUCAGUAAACCCCCCAACCCCUCACCCCACGCCACCCUACCACCCUUCCAAGGUAUUAUCCCUUUCACUUUGAGUUACUCGUCUAGCACAAAACACGUAAACACUUACAUUUAGCAACAGGGUCUGUUGUCCAAAGGGAAAUCGACUUUAAUUAAAAGAGAAGUCUAGAGGUACAAAAAAUGCUAAAAUAGAUCAAAAUAAUUUCAGUUCUUGAAAGAGUAAGGCUCGUAGUUACGUUCCUGUAUUAGUGUUGGCCGGUUGGCCUUUGUGAGAUUCGAAUCCAACGUAUUGUUUUCAUUAUACUGUAGGAGGAAAUCCCUAUCCUUCGAUACCGCCGACAGAAAUUUAUCAAUAUAUCAAGGACGGAAAUCGUAUGGAAAGACCCUUGGAAUGUCCAGAAGAAAUGUAUGUGCCUCGAAUACGUAUGAUACUUUAGACUACGAGCAGCCCCUCCCUUUUUACGAAGUCCGUCGCGCGAAUCAAAAGCAAACAGUGAAAAAUGACAAAAUGAUGUUACCGAACAGCGCGGAAAUCCGAGAGUGAGGCAUUAUCCCAGAGUUCUGCGCGAUGCGCUAACAUCAGUGUUAAUGUUACUUAUAACAAGAGAUAUUGAAAAUUUUCAGCAAGCGAACAUGGAACAAAGAUAAAGAUUUCUUCUCGAAGAUUCGAACCUCAGACCUUUUUUGGCAGUCAGAAUCUCCACCAACUGGAUCACAGGACACUUAGUUUGUUUUCUCCUGCGCCUGUCUGUUCGUCGUUUUUCCCUGGCCGUCAUCUCCUCUCCUUUUUUCCUCCUCGAAAAGAAACUUAAACUUAAAAUCCUUGGUGUUACCUUGGGAAUGUUCUAGAACGAGCGUAGUUAGACAAAUGCUUGUCACAAUAGCAUGACGAUUACGGCAGAUAGAGGAACUCAAAUGUCUCCCACUGCCUUGAGGCAUUUGUUUAUGAGCUUAAAAAAGGUCAAAACAUUUAACUUCUCUGUAACUGAAUGAAUCGAGUUUCAGCAUAAGGAAUCACUUGAGUCUCGCUGCGUGAUUCGCUUCUCUCUUUUAACCAGCUAAAUUGUCGAUCAAAGUCAGCAAAUUAUUGUGUUUGUUGACAGGUAUGCCAUGAUGACAGACUGUUGGAUGGAGAAACCCGAAGACCGACCGAACUUUACCGCGCUUGUGCAGAGGCUGGAUCACGUGAUGGAAUCUAAUUCUGCUGCCAUGGUCAGGGCAUCGUAAAUUUCUUUUCUUCAGAUGGAUUCUUUCGACAUAUAUGGAUUAAUUAUCUUAACUGGAUAGUUUCCCUGAACGAGAACCUGAAGAAAACCUCAAAUUAGUUAUUUGCAAGGAUACAAAAGCGCAAAAAUAUGCUCACAUGCCGUGUUCUUCACGCUUUCCGUAACACUAAGCAACCGGCUUGAAUUGGGAACCCACUUCAUUGUGCGUAAUCCCCAGGUGUUUUCCAGGUUUCCAGACACUUUUCCAGCAACCAUUUCUACUCCUGGGUGUAGAAACAAGGUUAACGAUUGAACCCAGACCUCUCCAUUCGUAGUCUAACGCGCCAAAUCCUUGGCCAUUGCGUCUCUUAUAAGAAUCGCCAAAUAUUCAAAAUAUAAAGAAAGAUCUUCAUUUUGUCACAAACGUGGAAGGGACAAGGAAAAAACUCAUGUCCCCAUGAAAAAUCAAACACAAGACCUUUGGAUUUCGCGCUCCGAUGCUCUACCAUUUAGUCAAAGAGACUCUUUAGUGAGUAAGGCGAUUACAAGGUUCAUAUGUGUUUCACGUGCCCUGCAUACUGAAAGGAUCAGCCAUGUGGAAAGUGUCUUGCACAAAAAAGAAAAAUGUUGAGCUCGGUGAUCAAAAUUGUCAAAAAGUACUUAAAAAGAAACAAAGGUUUAGACGGCGAUUAUCACAGACUCAUGUGAUAAAGUGGUACUUUUGUCGCUAAAUAAUCCUAGCUGACAAGGUCAUGCAAUGAACAUUUUCAUUUUUUUUUUCGAUCUCAUAGGGCCGUGAGGGAUAUCUAGAGCUUGAGGACGAGCCUAUGUCGCCAAAUGAAGAAAUAGAUGAUGAUGGUUAUUUGAAGCCAACAGAGAUAUCUCCCCUUGGUUGCAAGUCAGCGCUUCUGAACGGAAACGUUAAUAAUGACAGAAACAAAGACUUGUCAGGGGAAAACAAAAACUGGACGAGCGAGCUAAAAUCCAAGGAUUUACACUGCGAACGUUACAUAGGUCUGGGCUUCAAGCCUACAAACAGUUCAAAUGACAUAGCAGAAACUGUGCUUUAGGAGAGUGGUUGUAACCGAAGAACUCAGCUGCUGUAGGAUCGCUGUGAUCAUGCCCUUUCCUUAGCUUUUCCCUGAUUGUCUCAUACAGAAGAAAGGUUUUCCUUUUUACUUCUUGCAAUAAUAGAAGACAGAAUCAAGCCCAUUCGCAGGAAAACAGCCAUGAGACUAAUUUUUUUCAAGACGGCGGUAUCCGGUUACAAAUGAUUAAACCCUAAACCUACUCACAUCGUAUUCGUAACUCCCGCACUGACCUUGUUUACAUUUUCUUGUGGAUCAGUUGAGAGAAUUUGAUUUUAUAUCACGAUAACACCCUCUACUUGAUGAGCUUGUCCACUCAUAACCUAGUUGUGGGAUUAUGUCUUGAAACUGUGAAGAGAAGCAAAUGUUGAUCACUUCAUA